AGACACUUCCUCUUCUUCCUUCCUACAGAAGCCAAAAUAAAAAGGAGAAAACAAAAACAAAAAAGAGGCUUGAGAGGAGAGAGAGAAAGAGAGAGAGGAGAGAGAAAGAGAGAGCUCACUGCGACGUCAAUGGCGGUUAGGGCAUCAUCUGCGUAAUCGUUUCUCAUAACCUCUGUUUGAUUCUACUCCAUUCUUCUGUUCUUUCUUCCUCUCCAUUUGUUGAAUUUUUUCAACAAAAUCACAAACCCUAAUUUUGACCUAUCCUGCAACAAUUAUCUUCAAGCUCUGUUAGUUGCGAUUUUCGACGAUAUCAGGUAGUUCCGAUGGGUGCGCCGGAGAAGACCACUACUUCUAACAGUAAUUCGAUGCAGCGUGUCAAGGUGUACCGACUCAAUGAUGACGGAAAAUGGGAUGAUCAAGGGACUGGGCAUGUCACCAUUGACUAUAUAGAGAGAUCUGAAGAUUUGGGCUUGUUUGUCAUUGAUGAAGAAGACAAUGAAACAUUGCUUGUGCAUCGCAUUAGCUCAGAAGAUAUAUACAGAAAACAAGAAGAUACAAUAAUCUCAUGGAGGGAUCCAGAGUAUUCAAGUGAACUAGCUCUUAGCUUUCAAGAGACUACAGGGUGCUCAUACAUAUGGGAUCAUAUUUGCAAUGUGCAGCGGAAUUUGCAUUUUAAUACGAUCAGCAAUGAGUCAUACCAUGGUGCCAACAGUGAGUUGAGGGAGCUGCCUGUGGUAGAGCUGUCGUCGCUUCCUUCAAUACUCAAGGUUGUUGUUGACAGUAGCAUUACGGAUCAGUUAUGCGUGACGGAACUCAUACUGCAUGAUCAAAAGUUUUUCCGGAAGUUGAUGGAUUUGUUCGGUGUGUGUGAAGAUUUGGAGAAUUAUGAUGGCCUUCACAUAAUAUACAAAAUUGUCAGAGGGAUCAUACUACUCAACAGUCCGCCAAUCUUCGAGAAAAUUUUUUCUGAUGAACUAAUCAUGGAUAUUGUCGGAUGUCUUGAAUAUGACCCUGAUGUACCUCACGUUCAUCAUCGCAAUUUCCUUAAAGAACAUGUGGUAUUUAAGGAGGCCAUACCAAUUAAGGACCCCUUAGCUUUGUCGAAGAUACAUCAAACAUACAGAAUCAGUUACCUUAAGGAUGUUGUUUUAGCUAGAGUAUUGGAUGAGGCCACUGUUGCAAGCUUGAAUUCCAUAAUCCACUCAAAUUAUGGAAUGGUUGUAACCAUGUUAAAAGAUGAUAACACUUUUAUCAAGGAGUUGUUUGCAAGGUUAAAAUCACCUUCAUUGGGGACUGAUUCCAAAAUAAAUUUGGUAUAUUUCUUGCAAGAAUUUUGUAAUCUAAGCAAGAGCUUGCAGAUGGUCCAGCAACUCCGACUUUUUAGGGAUCUCGUGACUGAAGGCGUAUUUGAUGUCAUUGCUGACAUUUUGCGGAGUGAAGAUAAGAAACUUAUUCUGACUGGGACAGACAUUCUCAUGCUUUUUGUGAGCCAGGAUCCAACCUUGUUGCGUUCGUAUGUUAGUAGACAGGAAGGUGCUUCAUUGAUUGGGCUUUUGGUAAAAGGUAUGCUUAAAGAUUUUGGAGAUGACAUGCAUUGUCAGUUCCUUGAGAUCCUUCGAAGUCUUUUGGAUACCUAUUCUCCUGCAGGACAGAGAGACGCUAUUGUCGAUAUAUUCUAUGAGAGGCACUUGGAUGAACUGCUUGAUGUCAUAAUAACAUCAUCAUGCUCCAACAGGAAUUUUGGAAAUAAAAAAAGUGCAAAGCCUGAAAUACUUCUCAACAUAUAUGACCUCUUAUGCUUUUGCGUUCUCCAACAUCCUUAUAAAAUAAAGUCCAUAUUUUUGCUUACUGGUAUGAUAGAUAAAGUUUUAAGUCUGACUUGUAGAAGGGAAAAGUAUCUUGUGGUUGCAGCUAUUCGUUUCAUUCGAACUCUAAUUUCACUUAAAGAUGAGCAGCUGAUGAAUCAUAUUGCAAAGAACAACCUUUUUAAACCGAUUGUAGAUGUAUUUGUUGGUAAUGGAAGUCGCUAUAAUUUAUUGAACUCUGCUGUUUUGGAGCUUUUUGAGUAUAUUCGUAAGGAGAAUCUGAAGAUACUAGUCAAGUAUUUAGUUGAAACAUUUUGGGAACAGCUGGUAAAAUUUGACAGCUUACCCUCCCUAAAGUUGCUUAAAGUUAAAUAUGAGCAGGCCAUGGAGCAGGCAACCAGCCAAACUGGCCCAUAUGCAUUGAACGUGAGGAGACGUGUAGAUGAACGAGCUCUCGACAAGGAAGAAGAGGAUUAUUUCAAUGAAGACAGUGACGAAGAAGAUUCUGCAUCUGCAUCAAUGCCUCGUACAACAAGGGUACGUGCACAACCCGGUUUAUCGAACGGAUCAGCUGCAAAUACCUCAUCAUUAAGUCCUCGGCCUGGUGGACUUGUUGACUAUGAAGAUGACGAGGAUGAUGACGAGGACUACAAGCCACCACCAAGGAACAAGACUGAAGACGAUGAUGAAGCGGGUCUAGAGUUGAGAUUGAAACGGAAACUUUCUUCUUCCAAACAAGAACCUGAUUUGGUUAAAAAACAAAAAUUGUCGGGGAAAACCGCCAAGUCAAAAGAAAGUGUAUUUGCGACACUCUGCUCAACUUUAAGUCAAGCCGUGUUACCUUCCAAGAAAACCGCAAACACCCCCAAUACUCAAGAAACUAAAGUGGGAUCCACCAAUGACAAAACCCACCUAGAUAUUACUACACAUGAGGACAAAGAAGCAGAUAAAGGCGGGGCACCAGUUGUUGCUGAAAUGACUAUAAACGGAUCGUGAGCUCAAACCCGCGGGUCACUCUGGUAUUUUUGUCAGUUUGUUUUGUUUCACUGUGGAAAAAGAGACCUGGGUGGCGGAUAAAAAUGGAACAUUUCUUAGCAAUAUUCCCAGUAAUGGUAGGGGGAGGAUACUGUACAGUACCAUUGCAAAGGCGGUGGUGGUGGUGGUGGUUGGGGGCGGUGCUACCAUACUUUCCGGUCAGGUAAUAAGUAUUGAUGGUUUUGUUUUUAAUUUAAUGUACAACAUCAUACUUCAGUUUUGCUUAGCUUUUUGUCUACUUAUGCUCAUUGAAGUGGCUUAGUUUUAGCAAUGUGAACUGUUAUAUAUGUAAUAGAUUGCACUCGGGUCGUGUACCGUCCAGUGUAAGCGACCAAUUAUAAUUUGCAAAUUUUCCUGUGAAACAUUUGGUGGCGAGGAUACUGUGGUUUCUA